AUGGAUGCCCGCUCGAAAGUUGUAGAUACAAGUGGCAGAAAUGGGUUACCAGGAGUAGAACUUUGGGAUAAGAGACCUGCGGAAGCUCCGACGGGCCAGGCUGGCAACAGUGGAAAGUCAGCAGGCGCUCCUACAGCCGGACAACCGGCGUCAGAUAUCCGCGUUCGAUUGGCAUAUUCCAGUGAAGAGCCUGGAGUAACCCAGGUCACUGGAGAAGGGCCGCACACUGGCCAACUGUGGAAGAUUUCCAGAGCUGAAAAGUUGAAGUUGAACGCAAAAGGUGGUGAUGGCGGUGCAGGUGGGAGGGGCCAGGAUGGACAGGCUGGUGGGAGGGGAAGAGAUGGCAGAGAUGCAACUAGGCACCGCAACGGAGAGGAUGGAGAAGAUGGUGCAAGGGGAGGAGAUGGCGGCUAUGGAUCCAAUGGAGCUGAUGGCGCGGCUGCGGGAAACGCCUUCAUCACCGUUCACGAAGAUGAUACGGAUCUCCUUUGUCCGUUGGAAUAUGAUGUCCGAGGUGGUGCUGGAGGCGCAAGCGGGCAGCACGGCGAACCUGGUGACGGCGGUAUUGGAGGAAGAGGCGGUGCGCCCAUUGCCUGGACUGAGAAACACUCAAAUAGGGUCGAGGCACAUGCGAGAGAUGGAGGUACAAACGGUAGGAACGGGUCACCAGGGACGAGACCUUCUGUAUAUCUGAGUGGUGGCAAGACCGGACCACAGGGUAGCAUCCAGAUCAAGGUCAUCCGUGGUGACUUGUCAGAAGCUACCUACCCGAGCCCGUACUCCCUCCGGAUUGUCAAAUUCGACAUUAUCGACGAGAAUGAAGACGGCAUUAAUGAGCCCGGCGAGCACCUCCUCGUUCACAACAUCAGAGUGAAAAAUUCCGGAGGCAUGCCGUCUCCCGAAAGUCGUUCUAUACACCUCCUCAUACAAGGCACGCAAUUCCUCGAUCCGAUCACCUCAGAGCCUCUGGAGCUUCCACGAUCUAUCCAACCAGGUCAGGAAGUUGAGGUACCAGGUGUAUUACGAGCCUAUAUCCGAAAUGAAUGGUCCGAGAAACCGCUCGGGGAAGCCUUAAAUUAUAUCGACAAUGUUCAGCUGCUUGCCAUUUUCCAUGAACGCUUGAACCGGCCAAUCCCCAACUUCUGUGGACAAACCCAGAUUGCGAUUCGACACCCUCUCAGGUUAGACCCCCCAACUUACCUCGACUGUGUUGCGAAGGGAGACAGAGUCAGAUUCAAGUGGGUGGUUCACAACGACUCAAAGAAAACGUACGGCAUCAAAGGACUCCUCAAAAGAGUCACAGCGACCAAGCUCACUGAUCCAAAUAUGCCGCAAUUGUUUAAUCUCACGAAUCCAGAAACCCCACGUGAAGCCACCGAUGAAAUUGAUGAGAUUGAGCCAAACAGCAUGGUCACCAUCGACCAGGACUUCAAUGUGGAUGAAGCCGCCAUGGAGUUCAGUGAUGGCUUUUUGACUCUUGAACUCAUGUUAUCAGAUCCUGUCACGCAUAAAGUGCGUCCCGUGCAGAAACACCAAAUGCGCAUGCAGAUCUCCGAUGUGUAUAGCUUGAGUCCGAAUCCAAGCUACUUGCUAGUCGUCAAUUCUAAGACGCCCAACCACGCCAUCCAUCAAAUUAUUGUUCUGCUUCGAAAUCGCCUGCGCACGCAUCUGGAUAUCUUCAAUCUGAGUCUGAUCGGCUCCUACGAAAGCCCCAUUAAAAAGAAGAACGUACUCAAUGAUUAUGCCGGCAAGAGCGUCAUCAUAUUCGGCAACACCUUCCCAUUCUUCAACCAGGGCGAUAAAGAUCCUUGGGAUCUUCUCGACCCCUGGGAGACUGGUCUACUAAUCAAGGGCGGUACAAACAUUUCGUUUGUCGGCGUGGGGAACCUCGAAGGUCUCAAGAAAUGGGGAGAGAAUGCCACAUUCCCAGCUCAUGACUUCACUGCGGGUUCGCAAUCAUUCAACGACAUCAAUAUCAGCGGAGUGGUGUCCAAUCUCCGAAGGCUGGACUCCAACCUCCCAACAAGCGAUAUGGUUACUCAUCGAUUUGCUGUCAAGAAGUCUCUCUUCAAAACAAUCGAGAAAUCUGUCGAUUCCGCUGCAAAAUCUGCAGCUAAGAAGCUCAACAAAAACCUCCCUCUACGUCGUUUUAUUGCUGUUCCUGACUUGGAAGCCACGAAAGAAGGCGAGAAGAUAGGCGGCGCCAUAAUCUGCGAAGGCUUGCCUAAGAAUUCGAACAUGUUGGCUUCUGUAGGGUUGUUCCAAGCAUCAACACAGCACGGCAUUCCCACCAUCUCGGACUAUAACAUGUUCUUUGUUAUUUCUUGUUUGCCUUUUGCAACCAGAGCAAAGCUGUUCUGGAAUAUGAUUGGAAAUUCGAACGCGACCGGAGUUCCCUGUGAUAUCAUAUACAAGGGACUGGAAACGAUGUAUAACGCACCUCCGGACACAGUCACUGCUCAUAUGAUGAUUGACGACAAGAUCCUGCAAGCUCUCUGCAUAUCUCUGCAGCUUGAAAUCUCUUCCGAGAUCUAUCGCUUCACCUCAACAAAACCUCGAUUCACAGAUCCCCUCAGCGUCCCAGAGAAGCUUGCACAACUAUCCCUAUUCACUCAAUUCCUCGCGGUGGCUCCUAAGGCAGCCCAAGUAGACGACAUCGGUAACGCCCAAAUGCUUGUCUCAACACUUGGCGCCAUCCACGCCAUCGCGAACCCUAUCGGCUUCUGGCAGUCGGUCAAAGGUGUCUUCUCCUUCGUUGGCAAUCGCAAGGGCAAACUUACACCCGCAGCGAAUACACGAAUCCUUGCAGCCAUCACAGACUCCUGCUCCACGGGCGUGGCUGCCACAGUCAAAGAGCACUUGCUGCAGCGGUCAAAGCAAGUAAAGUCGGGAAUCCAGAGCAUAGGUGGCCCUAAGAGCUUCACCGCAUUUGGGAGGAGGGAGCUCGCUGCUUUCGCCAAUGUGGAGAGGGUGGUAAUGUGUGACUUGGUGGAGCUGAAGCCUGGGAGCGUUGCACUUAACAGUGCGGCACUGCACAGCCAUCAGCAAGGGUAUCAUGUCCACAGGACAAAUACGGGGCUGAUUGUGGACAAUGUCAAGAAGGUAUUAGAGGAGCACGUUAAUCCUGUGGAUCAGGAGGCAGACUGAGGACGUUUAUGUGCAUACACUGCUGCAGCAGCUCUCUCCUUUUGUUUCUUCUUGCCCGGUGAUUCCAUGCGCAGACCGCGAAUUUCUUUCAAUUUCAGUUGUCUUGUAGUUUAAGUAAUGUAAAUGCGUGUUAUUUUUGAGCACGUGAGUCCUGACAAGCGGCGAGAGGACCGAAUGGUAGUGGAUAUCAAUGAUGCGUUCCAGUCGACAACUGCUAUUCGAUUUUCAAGCAAUGCUUGGGGGACAGCUAGUAGCAUUGCCUGUUGGAUCUCGUGGCUUGGUGGCGCCUCCCUGUGGGUGUAUGAUUCGAUCUUGGGCAAUGGGGCUGGGACUUUGC